AUGGAUCGAUACUUAUCAAUCCCAUGUUAUAACCAAUUUGUUCCUAUGCAUCAUAAUCCAUAUCAAUUAAACGACAACUCGAAAAUAAAUCAACAUAAAUCAUGUAUUCCAUCUUCUGAAUUUGAUAAAAUACAUUCUUCAUCAACUCUAAAUCAUCAUUUAUUAAUGCCGUCUUAUGAUCAAUUUUCUUCAAUGCAUGAACGAUUCUUUGAAGAAGAUCAUCCAUUACGUAUUCAUGUGGGAAAUAUUCCAUUUUUAUGGACUGUAAAUGAUUUAUGCAAACAAUUUCAAAUAUUCGGACCAAUCAAAGAUCCUGAAAUUGUUUCGAAUGAACGUGGUUCAAAGGGAUUUGGUUUUAUUACAUUUCUUCGUCAUGAUGAUGGUAUAAACGCAAUUCGUGUUAAAAAUGGUUCGAUUGCUGAUGGAAGAAAAAUAACAGUAGCAUUAGCUUCGUCGCGAUCAUCAAAUCGAAUAAAUUCAUGUCAUUGUCAUUGUAGUACUAUUAAUUGA